AUGUCUUAAGCAUAUCAAUAGAUGAAUGAGGAACACCCUAAUGAAAUCGAGAUUCCCGUUAAUAAACCACCCAAUUAACAGGAUAACGUAGCUCAACAAAGCAACCAAGAAAAAGCUACAAAGUAAAAAAAUAUUUGAAUUUAUAGAGUGCAAAAAAAUAAGAAGAAGGUAGCUGAUUCAGAAUCAUCCUCCUCUUCGGAUGAUGACAAUAAACCCAUAAUCAAGAAAUCCGACUCUGGUGCUAAGAAGCGUGGGGAUAAAACGUAAUUUUGAUUUGUCAUCACUAUUUUAGGAAGUCUCUCUAGUUAUAAUAAAUGGAGUUAGAAGAUCAUAACAAACAAGCACUAAAAUGGGCAAUCCGUCUAAGAUCCUUUAUUCGAAUUAUAUUUUUAAUCAUAACAACAACAGUUUUGUUUACAGGCUUCUAUGUAAUAUUCGAAUUCUUUGCCUUUUAUGACGGUAUUUAAAAAAUACCAGCGAAUUCAAGAUUGACUAUGAAUGUUACAAACUGCAGAAUGCAUAUUAUAGAUAGUGUAUUAACAAUAACUUAUUUUAGGAAUACCAAAUAACUAAAUCAAUGUCAUCAAUUAAAUAUCUGGGUGCGAGCAUAACCACCUUAAAAAAGAAAAACUCGCAUACCCAAAGUCUAAAUUAAACAACCCUGGAAGGACCAAAAUUAGGUGAUGCGAUUGAUGAAAGUUCAAGCUUACUCAUACCAGACUUUGCCCUUGAAUAUUCAAUCCCAGGAAGGUUCAAUAUAGAUCCAAAUGCAAACACUUCAACUAUCUCAGAAGAUAUUCAAGGUAGCAAUUAUAGUUACGAAUUUACAAACUUAUUGUCUGAAUAAAGUUGUUAAAUAGAUCUCCAUGUCUACAAAUAAGCAGUUCUUGAUGACUUAUCAAUAAAUUGUUUUGGAUCCUGUUUUAUAGUGAUGACCUCCAACAAUAUAUCGUAUAACACAAUCAAUAUUGUAAUUAUUAACCUAUAACCUUUCAUUAGACAGGAGAAUUAGUUGAAUUGAAUGCGGUAAAAUUAAUAACUAAGAAUUUGACCUUCAACAGUGUUUAAGGAAGAUUUUAAGGAAAUUAUUUAUAAUUUGAAUAGUUCUCUGAUGUUAGAUUAGAAAAUGGAGAUAUCAUAUUUUAGACUGAUAAUGAAAUGAUGGUUAAUUGGACUCAUGCCAAUCCACAUUAUUGUUAUGCAGCUCCAGUUAUUGCAAAUCCUAUAGUCGUUGGUUGUCAAGAGGCACCAGCAUCUGAAGUAAAGGCCUUUAUUCAAGGAGUUGGUACAGGAAAGAAAAAGAAGAAGAAGGAUGAAGACAAAGAUAAAGAUGAUGAUGAAAAAGAUAAAGAUAAGAAGGAUGAGAAAAAAGAUAAAAAAGAUAAAGGAGGUGAAACAGAAUUUUUAAGUUUAGAGGAUGAAAUCUACGAGAGCUUUUUUGCUGAUGAACAUGAAAACUUAUAAGGAAACAUCAUCUUAUUACCAUUUGUAGAUACCUAUAAUGAUUCCAAACAAUUUCAAGUGGAAUUAGACUCAAUUACUCAUUAAGAAGAAAAAGAUGCUGCAACUCCUAAAAAGGAUGCUGAUCCUAAACAAGAUGAUAAAACUAAUCCCAAAGCCAAUAUGUAAAGUAAAACCAAAGACGUAAAAGAAAAGCAAGCUAUUCUAUUCCAACCAUCUUGCUUUGGUAAUUCAAUCUUUUGUUAAUCUUUGGAAUGCUAGAGUAUCAAAGAUGCCUUAAAAAAGUCUAAUAAUACCAUCAAUCCAACUAACUCAACCGACUAAAAUCAGGGAAAACCUUCAGGAUCAUAAUUAAGAUUCUUGAAAGAAGGGGAUGAAUUGGCAAAGGAUAAUAAAAAUGAGACUGCCAAGGAUGCCAACAAAACCGAAGCUAAGAUUGAUUACAAAGGAAUCUAUGCAGAAGCACAAAAGAAAUUACCUCACACUGUACCUGCAGGUUUGAGAUUCUUAAACGUUACUGGAAGAUUUGGCAAUGUUUAUGUGAACAUCAUUAAAAGACAAAAUAAGACUGUUACAACCAAAGACACUGUUAUCCAUGGAUUGAGUUAUGCAUCAGGAAGUGUCGACUUUGAUUUACCCAGUUAAAAAACACUAAGACAUUAUCUCAAAAUGGCUGAUGAUCCUCAUAACUUUGAUCCCAACUUUGUCCUUAAGGUCGGAUCUAAAAUCACCAGAUCUGAUAAUUAUUAAUAAUGGUCAUUGACUUACAACCCUGCCUACUCAUAUGUAAAACCUUGGUGGAUGGGUACCUUUUCAUUUACUUUAAUGAGUACAGCAUCAUGGACUUUGGAUUUGAAUUUGAGUCCUGGAUUCUGUCCCUAUCAUCCUGCUUUAGAUUUAGAUGAUAUUUACAAUACUAGAUUUUUGAUUGGAAAGUACUUUGAGAAAGCUGAACAUUCCAUUACAACAAUUUCUUGGUAAAAUUCAGUCAAAUUUCCAACUGAAAACUAUCCAAAGGAAGCCACAGGUUUACGUAAAUACAUUGAAUCCAAUAAUGAAUUUGAAAGGUGGAUUGAAAUAAUUAAAUUGAAUGAAACAAGCUAUCAAUUAACAAACAUCAAUUUAGAUUAAAGUCCAGCAACCCAGUGGGCUGUCUAUGUGUCAGUGAUCAUCUCAAUAUUAACAGCCUUCUUUUUAAUGUUGGGAGUACUUUACAUGAUAAAUUCAGUUUACAAAUAAAUUCUAGAGUAGGUUGCUGCAACUAAUAAAUAUAGUGGUAUUGAAAAAAAGAAUGAUGCUGAUGGAGCCUAGCCUUUAAUGAAAAUUGCUCCAGAAAAGGAAGAUAGCAAUGACAAAAAGAAGGAUGAUGGUUCGGAUAAAAAAGAUGAUACAGACAAAAAGAAAUAGUCUUCAUAAGAUAUGGAAAUGUAAUUAAUCUUUAUUUAUAUUUUAGUGUUUUGAACAUGAAUUUGGGAAGAUUACUAUUCCAAUUGUUCGUUUUGGCCCCUCCUCUAUCAGCAUUCAUAGAUUAUUUAUGUGUAUUGAUAAGCAAAAAGUACAUCAAUUCAGCUGAAGAAUUCUAUACUCACUUGUUUUAAAAGAAAUAAAAAAGCAACACAGAUUCAGAAUUACACAAUUUGACAACAGAAUCAAUUCUGGGAAAUGAGAUGAAAACAUUAUAUGAAAAGUUUUGUUUCCUCAAUGGUUUUCUUGAGUAAAAAUUGGAUGAUGAGAAGAAUCUUAAAUUGCUCAAGCAAAAGGGCUUUAAGAUUACACUUAAGGAAGAUGCCCAAACAGAAUCUUACAUUAGAGUACUUCUGAAUGGUAUGAUGCCAAAAUUACCAGUAAUCACACCUGAUAAAAAUCCCUUAGAGUUAUUUAUUACCAAUUGUUGUAAAUUAACUAACUUCGAGGAGGACAACAUUGUUGUGCAAACCUUCAAUGAAUAAUAUUAGGAAUUUUGUGUUUUGAACCAUUUACCCUAUGAACAACCAUCGGCUUCAGAAUUACAAAAGAGUUACAAUAUCACAAGCAAAUAUAUUCCAUAACAGUGGGUUGAAAGAGAUGAGGAAGAAGUCCAUAAAGAGGAUGAUGCUCCUCCCUCAUUUAUGAUGAAAGUGCAGAACUGCUUGACAGAUUGCCUUAAGAAAUGUCUACCAGAAUAAUAGACAUACAUUAUUAACAGAUAGAAAAUGUAGAAUCACUAUUCAUUGAUCUUGAAUAAUCCUGAAUUGAUAAAAACUUAAGCUGAAUUAGCUGAAGCCAAUAGAGAACUUAUUCUAUUUGGAGGAUGGUGGAUGGUUGAUUUCUUCACAGUGCUGGCUCACUUCAUAACAACAGUUAUUUUAAUCAUUCCUCUUUUCUCGUUUACAAUUUUAGAAAAGAUCUUAUAUGCUCAAUACUCCCUGAUUCCAAUCUAAUAUUUGAUUACUUUGGAGGAUAUUUUAUAGAACUAUUGGGUUGUGCCAUUAAAGUUAUAUAACGAAAGUACUUGGAUUAAGAAUGUCUUAAUUUUGGUUGGUAUCUAUUGGGUCUAUUCAAUUAUUGAUUUACUCUAUUAUUACAUUUCAAUGCAAUUCCCAUAGGAAAACUUCUUUAGAAAGGUAUCCCCCAAGACAGCAAACAGAAUUCAACUAAUUUUCAGAUAAAUCAUGUGGGCAUUGGUAUUGUAUUCAGCAUAUCAAUUAUGCGUUUUCAUCACUCUCGCAUUGGUAUGGUUACUCUUAGGUGCUAUUGUGAAUCCCACUGCAUUUUUGCCAUAUGCAACUGCAGCUGCAACCUUCAUCACUGUUAUCAGUUCAAAGGCUGCUCAAUUCAAGGAGAUUGCAACUGAUGGGUUUGAAACUGUAAUAGCAUACGUGUAGAAGAUUGCCAAAGAUCAAAUGGGCAGUAUGAUUGCUAAAAUGGACUUAAAAGGUAAGAUGCAUGACAUGAUGGACAGCGACGCAUUCAAGUCUGUGGCAGGGCAAGCUGCAAGUUUGGGAUUGGUUGAUUAGAGCACACUAGCUCACAUUGAAGAGAAUGCUGAUGCUUUAUUGAGUAAUCCAGACAAAGCUUUAGAGGCUGCAUCCAAUGCUGCCAGUGAAUUGUAAGCAAUAGCUGCAAAUCCUCAAGCUUUCGUCGCCAAAAUGAUGAAGGAGUUGGAAGAGAAGGCCAUCUAGAUGUUGAAAGAGUAGAUGGCGAAACAAAUUGAAGGAUAUGGAUAAGAAUUAGCUAAUAUUGCUUUGGCUCUUUUUAAGAAGGAUAAAAAUAUGUUCAAAAACAAUCUUACUUAAUUAAUUUACACAGCAGCGAACACUUUGAAACUUGAUAGUCUUAAGAAGAUUGGUCAACCAAUAAUGACGUUUGUUUGGGAAUUUGCUUAUCCCAGUGGAAAUACAGCCCAGAUGAGUCCAGAAGAUUAUUUGGAAGCACUCAUCCAACCAUGUGCAGAAUGCUUUGCUUAAUUGAUUCAAUAAGAGAGUGCCAUCUUAUUCCAAGAUUAGGAUAUGUAGAUGUUCGAGCCAAGAAUAUUAUCCUUGGUUUUAAAGAAGGCAAUUUCAUUGCAGAAGCAUUUGCAAUAAGAAAAUUUUCUGGGAGUUUUUAAUGAUCUUGAUUAAAUCAUUAAAUAAUUGAAGGAUGAACCUUAAUUCACGUAAAUUAAGUACUUGUCAAAGUAUUCAGGAUUGUUGAAGAUUGCUAUGUCACUGUUCGAAGGUAGAAAGGGUAAUUAAAUUACUUUCCACAAAAUAUUCGGAAUUAUUUCAGGCUUCUUUGAUGAAAUUCCAUAAUUGAAGGACAUGAAAGAUUUAUUAGGUCUGAUUGAAUUGUUAGUCAACUCAUUCAAUAAAUAGCACAAGGCAUUGCCAACCAAAUUGGUUAGAUAAAGAAUAUCAAAAGCAUUAGAUGUUAUUAAUGGCAUGAUUAAAGGUAGAAAGUCUAAUAUGGAUAAAAUAUUGGAAAAUCCAUCUUUAAUAACUUUGUUGUUCAAUUUCAUGUAGCAUAACUUUGAGAAGAUUCCAAAGGAAGUGAUUAGAGAUGUUUUUAAAUUCAUUUUUGAGAAUUUCCAUGAUGAGAGUGUGAAAUCAAUUAGAGAUUUGGUAGUCAGUGAAAGAGAAUUCAAGAAGCUCAUUCCAUUAAUGACAGGAGUUUUUGAAAUGGUUAGUCUGUUCAUGGAAGAUUCUAGAGAAUUGGCUUCGAAUUUACAUUUAUAAGCAAAUGCAUUCUCCAUUGAUGAGAAGAAAGCUCAACAAUUAUAAGCUGUCGCUUCCAUAAAAUAUUAUAAGUAUACGACUUACGAAGGUUCAGAGAACGAAGAGAAACUCUUUGAAAAAUUGCAAACCAAUCCUUUGUUGAUGAACUUGGCUACCUCUUUGAGAUUGGAUACAAAGACCUUACUUGCCAUCAUAGCAGUGCUUCUAUAAUUGUAUUCCAAAUAGGGCUUGUAAGACUUGUUUUAGAUUAUUUCUAAAAUCCAUAAGACUGAAGUCAAUAGAGUUAAACAAUUCUUUUCGCUCUUGAUCUUAUUCAAAUGCAACAAUGCAACUCAUUUAUCUAAUGCAUGUGUAGACCUAGAUAUACCCAGAGAGUACGUCAUAUUGGUAUUAUUGGGGAAGAAAGUGCUUGAUAUUGCUUAUGCAGAUGAGAGUAACUUGGAAAAAUUGGGAGCUAGUAAUGAAACAAUAGAUGCUAUCAAAAGUCCUGACUUUGAACUCAAGGCAUGGAUGCAAAAACUCAAAAAGGAUGUGGUUGCCAAAGAGGAUAACUCAGUUCAGGGAGGAAACUCUGGCAGAUUGAAAACAUUUUUAAUUGAAACCAUAUCAGAUCCUGCUUGUUAAAUUACUUCCUAAAAGGUUAAGGAUAUUCUAAUGGACGUUGGAAACAAUAACAACCAAUUUGCUCAAAUCACUUAAAGAGAAAUCGAUUUACUCAACAACAUCUUAUUAUUGAAGAAUAUUGAUUUGUUCACUUCCCCAUAAGCAUUGACUAGUGACACCAAGUAGAGUGUAUAUGCAUUUGCUUCAAUCUUGAAUGUCAACAAGUAGUUCUUUGAAGAUUUCAUCAACAUUAUCUUUUUGACUAAUUCUGAUAGGGUAAUUCAAUCUAUUCAAAAUUCCCAACCUAAAGUUGAUUCAAGUAAGGGCGAUGAAUUCAUUUCAAAAGAGAAUCAAAAAGAUUAUGAGAGCUAUUUGGAAUUCAUGUAUUCUAAGAUGGAGAUGAUCCAAAAGAAACAUCAAUUCAUUUAUUCCAAAAUGUAGACCUUGUUCCCCAUGAUCAAAUUGCCAUUGCCUCUAAUUGAGAAGUUGUUAUUUAACAAGGAUAAAGGAAUGGAUGUAAAUUCAUUUUAUCAACUCGCCUACUUAAUCAUUGAGAAGGAUGAGAAUGGAAAAUUACCAAAGGGAACUCUGAAUUAAUUGAAUAAAUCAGUUUCGUUUUUGACAUCUACUCUAAAUAGUCAAAAUGCUAAGGAUCUGAAGUAGGCUUUGGAUAAAAAGGACUUAAACGAUGGACAGGUGUUAGUCAUAUAAAUGUUGAAUGAAAAUUCAAAGUAGAGAUCCAUUACAUUGUUGUUGAACUUCUUGAUUCAAAAUAGUAAGAGAAGUAAGAAUGAUGAGAAAAGACCUCUUCCACAAAUUUAUCAUAUUUUCGCUUGUCUUUAUCUCUACUUCACAGGGCAAUGGUGUGAUUUAACAUUAACAUUCGAGGAUCUAGAAACAAAGUAAAUCCAGAAAUAAAAUAUUUUGUAGUAUUUGACUAAAAAAUUGGAUAUCAAGCAGGAGUUCUUUGAAGCAAUUCAUACAUUCUUUUUGAAUGAUAAUCAGAAAUUCACAUAAACAAUGGUUAAAUUUAUGAGAAGACAAUAGGCAUGUAAAUUUGAGAAGGAGAACCCAGGAAUCAAAAUACCAUUGUAAUCUUUAGUCAAAAUUCCAGAUCAGUUUGUCCUAAACUUUAUCAAUCUGAUCACAGGUCAAGGAUAUCAAACGUCUUUCUUCUCUAAAGAACUCUCCAUGGAUUCUGGAGUGGUUGAAAUGAUCAGCACAUUGACAACUAUCAAAAAUGCUAAGGUUUCUUCAUAGAGAAUACAGAAUUAUCAAUACUUGUCAACAUCUUCUAAGAAGUUGGGACCAUUGUUAGACAAAGUUGGAGUAAAGGGAGAUGAAUUUGUGUUGAUUUUGCAGAUUAUCUUCCAAGAUUAUGAAAUCAAUAAUAUUUAGGCUUUGAUAAAUGGGUUGAAAUUAGAGUAAAAAUUAAAAGUGUAGGGAGUUUAGAAUCUAUUGCAAUUAGACAAAGUGGUGUCUAAUUAUGAUAAAGAUUGGCUAAAGCAGAUAACAUCAAUAAAAGACAAUCAACUAAUCAAAGACAUGAAAGUUAAUCCAGAAAUAGCAGUAAUGACUAAAGGGUUGGUAAGAGGAAAGUAUACUGGGUUGGAAGCAUACAUUAAGAAAAUUCCUCAUUUUGAUUACGCUUAAUGUGAUGGUAGAGCAGAGUACUUUGGAUUGUUGUAAGGAUUGAUAGGUUGCAUAAGUGGGCCAAUCCCAGAUUAGUUUAAUGUGAAGGGAUUCUUGGCUAAUCUUUAUAAAUUAUUGGAAGAUCCAAAAACAAAAGAUAUUCCUACAGAAUUGACUUCAACUAAUAAUUCAGUUGAAUAUGCUAUUUAUAAGUUGGUAUAGAUAAUUCAGAUUGACCCAAUUGUGUUAAUGCUUACUCAAGGAAUGAUUCCUGCUUGGAGAUUGAUAUAAGAGACAUAUAUUAAUGAAGAAAAGAAAUGGAUCAACCCAGUUUUGGUCUUGUCAACCUUUUUGACAUUCCAAGCUAUUCCAACCUUGUUGAAAGAAAUGUUUGGAGAAGUUGAAUGGUUUAGAUAAAUAGAUGAACUAUUUUAGAAAAUUUAUUACAAUGACUAAGUUGAAGUACCAAACUUUGAACCUUUCUGGGGUGAGCCUGAUUGGUUAUAAGAGUAGGAAGAUUGUAUUGAAGAAGUAAAGAAGAAGCUAUUCUCAGAUACUAUUGAUUCAAUAGAGGAAUUAUAAGAUAUGGUGGAAAUAUGCAAUUUCAAUCCACAAGUGAUUCAAUUUUUGAAUAUUGGCAAAAAUGACAUCAAAAAUGCUUAAUUAGAUGUCUUGGCAGAUUCAGUGGAGAUGUAUGGAAACUUAAUUGGCGAUGAUGAUUUAUUAGGAAUUGCAAAUAUCAUCAGAAAUACACCACCCACUGAUCCACAAUUCAAUAAAAUUUCUUAUGAUCAAGCUGUGGAAAUGUUGAAAGAUGACCCAGAAGAAUAGCAAAAAUUAAAAGGCUUGUAUCCUUUGAUAUUGUAUCAAUAAAUGAUUAAGGUUUAUCAAGAAACUUGUUCGUUGUUCAUUGAUCCAAGAAGAAAUAUGGAAUAGAAAGUGUUGACUGAUUCAUGGAUAAUGAAAGAUAUUGAAUGUUAAUAGACUCCUAUUUUUACUAUGGGAAUUACCUCUACUUUGGCAAGUUUGAGAAGAUCAUUUUGGAAUCCUCUUGAGAAUCAAUAGCCUAGAGAUGAAGAGCAUUAUAAAAUCACUGUCCAAUAGAUAGACUUCAUCUUGACUUCAAUCGAAAGAAUGUAUUAUUUCAAGAAUUUCACAGACUAUUUCUCAAAAACUAAAGCAGCCAUAUUGAUAGGAUUGUCUUGUGGAUUUGCAAUAUCUGCUGAAAAUAUGAUCUCAGCUAAUUGUACUGCUAGUUUGGUCACAUAUCAAAGAGCCUUGAAACACAAAUCCUUACAAGCAAACCAAUAACAAAAGGUUUUGUACAAAUUUGAUUUCUUAAAGGACCUAAUUGAAAAGAGAUAGGAAGAAUUUUGCUCUAUGCAGAAUAGAUUCUUUAAAUCCUAUCAAUUUAAUAAAAUCCUCAAGUAUGGCUUAGAUAUUAUUUCAGAGCCUGAAAAUUAUCUGAAGUUCUCAAUUCAAAAUAUCGAAACUACUCCUGAUUAAGGUAUCAAUUGGGAUGAUUACUUCUUUGAUAUCGGGUUCUUGCAAGGCAGUUCUCAAAUAACCAAAUGGAUUAGGGCAGAAGGUGUUGAUAAAAAAGUCAGUGCAUAAACUCGAUUACCUAUUUUGAAAGAGAGACUUAAAUAGUUGAUGGACAAAGAAAUUCAUGAAUAACAAGACGCUAUGAAAAAGGCAUGGGUCAAUUAACAAAAGUUAAACAUUGAUCCUAAAUAGAAUUCUUCUCAGGAACCUACUCUCGAAGAAGCAGUGCUUGAGGUUGUAGAUGUGAGAACUGGUAAAAAGUGGUUGAGUGUAUUGAAUUCACAAGAACAAUGGUCAUAAGCCUGUUAUCAAUACAAUGACAAUAUAAGAUUGUUAAUUGAUAUUUGGAAAGGCAAUUACUUAUCUAUAAUUGAACCAGAUACUUAUUUCACAGACGAGGAACCUGCUGCUGCCAUGGCAUAUUAUGGAUUAGCUGCCUUGUCUGGAGCAUUUUAUAAGGUUAAGAAUGGAUGGAAACAAAACACUCCUCAAUAGUUAUCAGCCUAUUUAAAUGCUUGCUGUUGGAAUACCUCAUCUAAUAAGAAGAAUUUACAAGAAAUAUUAUCAGUCUUCUUGAAAUCUUUCGAAGGAUUCACAGUAUUGGCUCAAUCAUUGCAAUAGAAUGUCUAAUUGGUUAAUAGCUUUGUUAAUUUGUCNCAAUAAAUGAUUAAGGUUUAUCAAGAAACUUGUUCGUUGUUCAUUGAUCCAAGAAGAAAUAUGGAAUAGAAAGUGUUGACUGAUUCAUGGAUAAUGAAAGAUAUUGAAUGUUAAUAGACUCCUAUUUUUACUAUGGGAAUUACCUCUACUUUGGCAAGUUUGAGAAGAUCAUUUUGGAAUCCUCUUGAGAAUCAAUAGCCUAGAGAUGAAGAGCAUUAUAAAAUCACUGUCCAAUAGAUAGACUUCAUCUUGACUUCAAUCGAAAGAAUGUAUUAUUUCAAGAAUUUCACAGACUAUUUCUCAAAAACUAAAGCAGCCAUAUUGAUAGGAUUGUCUUGUGGAUUUGCAAUAUCUGCUGAAAAUAUGAUCUCAGCUAAUUGUACUGCUAGUUUGGUCACAUAUCAAAGAGCCUUGAAACACAAAUCCUUACAAGCAAACCAAUAACAAAAGGUUUUGUACAAAUUUGAUUUCUUAAAGGACCUAAUUGAAAAGAGAUAGGAAGAAUUUUGCUCUAUGCAGAAUAGAUUCUUUAAAUCCUAUCAAUUUAAUAAAAUCCUCAAGUAUGGCUUAGAUAUUAUUUCAGAGCCUGAAAAUUAUCUGAAGUUCUCAAUUCAAAAUAUCGAAACUACUCCUGAUUAAGGUAUCAAUUGGGAUGAUUACUUCUUUGAUAUCGGGUUCUUGCAAGGCAGUUCUCAAAUAACCAAAUGGAUUAGGGCAGAAGGUGUUGAUAAAAAAGUCAGUGCAUAAACUCGAUUACCUAUUUUGAAAGAGAGACUUAAAUAGUUGAUGGACAAAGAAAUUCAUGAAUAACAAGACGCUAUGAAAAAGGCAUGGGUCAAUUAACAAAAGUUAAACAUUGAUCCUAAAUAGAAUUCUUCUCAGGAACCUACUCUCGAAGAAGCAGUGCUUGAGGUUGUAGAUGUGAGAACUGGUAAAAAGUGGUUGAGUGUAUUGAAUUCACAAGAACAAUGGUCAUAAGCCUGUUAUCAAUACAAUGACAAUAUAAGAUUGUUAAUUGAUAUUUGGAAAGGCAAUUACUUAUCUAUAAUUGAACCAGAUACUUAUUUCACAGACGAGGAACCUGCUGCUGCCAUGGCAUAUUAUGGAUUAGCUGCCUUGUCUGGAGCAUUUUAUAAGGUUAAGAAUGGAUGGAAACAAAACACUCCUCAAUAGUUAUCAGCCUAUUUAAAUGCUUGCUGUUGGAAUACCUCAUCUAAUAAGAAGAAUUUACAAGAAAUAUUAUCAGUCUUCUUGAAAUCUUUCGAAGGAUUCACAGUAUUGGCUCAAUCAUUGCAAUAGAAUGUCUAAUUGGUUAAUAGCUUUGUUAAUUUGUCUAUGUAGUUAUAUGAUACAGAUAUUCAAUAAUCUGAAGAUCAAUUGACUUUGAUCAAAUCAAUGAAUCUCUCAUCAAAUGACACUGAAGUAUUGAAUUCAUUGAUUGAUGCCUAUUUGGGCAAAAUGGAUGUGUAUUAUCAAUUGGCUGAUUACUCCUAGGUCAUUAAUCCUAGUACAGCUACCAAGUUUAAGCCGGUCUAGAUGAAUAACCUAAUUAAAAAAAAGAGGGGAGAUGCGUAACCGUAAGCGAAAUAGGACCAACAAUAGAAUGAAUAAAAGAAAGCAGAAGACACCAAACCUGAAGAGAUUAAAUAAAAUCCCCCAGAAGAACAAUAAUAAUAAUAACAAUAACAAUAAGGAAAUGGAUAGAAUCAAGGCCCAGUUCCACCUGAAUUAUAAAAUGCUUAAUCAAAAGAAUAAAAGUAGAAGAAAGCACCAGAAAGGAAAGGAAAAUCUAAAUUAUAAUCUUCCUUUGGUAGUUCUGGAGAUAGAUACUUUUCAAUCAAAACAAUUUUAUUAAAACUACUGUAUGGAUUUGAUCAAUCUUAAUUACAUUAGAUAGAGAAAAUUGAUGCUGUUAGAUUUGAUUUCAGCAAGUAUUCUGCCUUAUCUUCGGAUCCAAAAAAAACAGAGGAAUACUUUGUAUUGUUGCUCUGGUAAUUAGCCUAAGCAAUCACCAAAGAAACAUUGCCCACUGACCUUAGAUUACCAAUCUUAACUGAUUUCGAAAUAGGAUAAUCAAACGACUUAGCAAAUGAAUACAAAAAUAAUCUGACUACCAUUAGAUUAAUCACAUAAUUCAUAAUAUAGAUAGUUAAUGACGAUUAUUCAUUCUUUUUCUAAAAGGAUGAUGACGUCUCUGUGGUUUUGUAAAAGCUCUCCUUUACUAAGGAAGAUCCUCAAGCGGAAUUGCAAUUCCUAAGAGCCAUGAUAGGUUUGAAAUCCAAUAAGAUGAUGCUCAUUUAAAAUAAAAGAGCUCUUCAAAAGAAUAAACGAAAUAGUCAAAAUGCAAAUAAACCUGAAUUGUAACUUGAUAUUCAAAAACAAGUUGAAAACUUAAUUGAAUCCAAAAUUAUUAAUAUAAAACUUGAGAAUAAGAGUGAUUAGGAGAAUGAAGAUCUUUCAAAGAAUAUCGCUCUAUUAUUUUUAGCAAUAUCAAGUGGUAACAUUGAGAAAAUGUAUACAGCUAUUUUACCUCAUGAUUCCAUGAGUGCUGGGUUCAUUUUAACAAUGUUCAUGUGGAAGAACAUCUCCACUAUUAUUGGUAAUGAAGAAUUCUUAAAGCCAGAUAAUGCUAUGAGAAUCAUUCCACCCUUACAACUAUUGCCAUUGUUGAUCUAUUCUUAAAUUAAUGAACAAUAAGAUAAGAAGAAUGGAACUCUGAGAAAUAACCAAAGAUAAAAGGUCAUUACAUCCUUCCAAAUAAUCUUAAAUGCAAUUAAGAAGAAAUAAAACAAACCUGGCCAUAGCGACUAGGAAUUCUACAACAAAAUUGAAAAAAUGUCCUAAAGCAGAAAAAAUCAAUCUUUCUCUUGGAGUUUAUGGUUAUUGAAAAUGCCUGAUUUCUUGAGAGUUUAAACUUAAAUUCAAAUGGAAAUGGAAAAGGAAGUAGACAAAUCAAAGAAAACAGCAUUUUCAAGGAGAGAAUGUGACUUCAUAUUCAAAAUUAUGACAGGAUCAUACUUUGUUGAAAAGAUAGAGUAAGUUAAAUUCAUUGGUCCCAUCUUCAAUUUAUAUAAGAUUUGCAAUCAAAUCAUCAACUAUCCUGAAACUGUAAAAAUCUAGAAUAUUGAUUUCAAAAAGAUCAUUCCAAAUACCAUUAUCACAAUAAGUGAUUAUGUACCUGAUGCGAUCAGAACUUAUCUAGGAGUAUUCGACAAGUUUGUUUAAUUAUUUGUAUUCAUCUAAAUACCAGAAAGAUCUUUGAAAGCAAUGAAGGACUCUUCAGAUAAAUUAGAAUAAUAAAAAAAUUAAGCUGGAUCUCAAGUCCACUCUUAAAGAGAUGAAGAAGAGUACGAUUAUGAUGAUGAUGAUGAAGACAGAGAUGGCGAUGACGAAGUAGAUGAAGAUGAAGAAGAAGAGGAUUAGGAUGAUGAAGAAAAUGACAAUGAAGAAAAAAAACAAUAAGAUGAUGCUCCAGCUGAUGGAUUAGCUUAAAUUACAGAAACAAUUAAUGAGUUCAUUUUGGAUGUGUUAGGACAGACUGUUAAUUCUUUGUGGUUGAGCUUUAAGGAAGAAAAUAGAUAGUCCUUAAGUGAUUAAAUCGAUAAACUCAACAAAGAGAUUAAUGAAAAGAAGGCAAACCAAAUAAAAUAAGAUUAAUCAAAAAGAUUGAGUACCAACCUUCCACUUCUGGGCUAAGGAUAGUUGUUAUAGCCACAGAUUUAAUAAGGAUAAUAGCUCCCCUUAUAAUAACAAUUAGGAGGACCUAUGGUUGGACAAACUUAAAUAGUAAUGUAAUAGUAAAUAACAAUGACAUCAUAAAUCCAAUAAUAAAUCCCUAUGCAAUAAUAAAUUCCUUUGUAAUAAUAAUUACCUAUGUAACAACAACUACCUUUGUAGUAAUAAUUACCUUUGUAAUAAAUGAACCAAUAAUUGGGAAAUCAAUAAUAAAUGAUGCCACCUAUGGCUUUGGUUCCCUAAGGAUACAAUUUCUAAGAAAAAGCAAAGAAAUUGCAAGAAUUACAAGUUUAGUUGACUAAGAUUGAUGAGCAAUCAACUUAAGUGAAACGAUUAAUUUCUGGUAUCAUUUUAUUGCUAACUGGAUACAAUAUUGAUGAUUUGAAGGCUUAAAAUGAUGGUGAGAAGAAACUUCAGGUUUUGUGUUUCAUUAUUGAUUCAGUUCUCUUUAAGAACCUCAAUCUGUUGCAAUAUGUGAACACAGUUAUUAUUCGAGAACUAUUCUAAGAAAUACAGAAUAUCAACAAUUGCCCAUUGAAGUCAAUCACUAAUUAAGACUUUUUGUUCCAAAUUGAGUCCUUAUUGUACACUUUGACUGGUCAAGAUCCCAGCAAUGAAGUUAAGGAUAAGAAAUAAAAGGGUGGAGUAGUUUAAUAAAAGGAUAAGCAGGCAUCAAAAUCUGAUCAAUGGACUAUUGCAUUACCUAAACGAGCUAAAAUAAUUGAAUUACCUAUGGGAGUGAUCAAAUGCAUCUUUGGAUUGGCUAGUUACAAUUUCGAAUAUGUACCCAAAUUGUUGAAGGAAUUGUCUGUUAGUGACAGUGCAAUAAAGAUAGUUGAAUAAAUUAUUAAGUAAGUUCAAGAAAUGGGAGUAUUCGGCGGCAAAUAGUUAAGCAUUGGUGGAGGACAGCAAGAUUCAAAAAAAGCCAAAGAAGUAUAAGAAUUAAUGAAGAAGAUUCAAGAGGGAACAGCCACCAAUCAAGAUAUGUUCAAAGCUAUAGAUGGUAAACUAUAUUAAAUAUAUUAUUUUAGAGGAUGGAACUAAAAGUAUCAGUAAGUCAGAAUAUGGAACACUAGCAAAGAGAUUAGGAAUGAAUCUUUCUGAGCAUAGAAUUAAUGAAAUCUUUGCUAAUAUCAAGAAGGGAUCUUCCCAAGCCAAUUAAGAUUCAUUAAAUGAAAAAGAAUUUGACUAAGCUAUGAAAUAUCUCCAACAGAAGAACACAGACAUGGCUUUAGAUUUUCUGGGAAUUUCUCCAGGAUUAUUGACUAUGCUCUUAAUACAAGGGGCAAUAAUCCUAUUGCUAAUAUUUAUCUUUAUCUUCUUGGGAAUUCAGGCCUUUGCUCUUGGUGGCACAUUUGGAGCAGUAGUUAACAGUAUUCUACCAAUGGGUAUUAAUAAAAUAUUAAUUUUUAGCUGCUGGAGGUGGAGCAGGAAGCAAGGCAGAGAAAGUUAGUGAAAAGAAAGGAGAUGAUGAUUAAAUUGGAGACUCUGUUGACAAAACCCAAAAGAUCAUCUAAUCAGAUACAAUUUGAUUAUUUAUAUUAAAC